GGCCUGGCCCGUUUGCUGCGGGCCCUUUAAGAGUGGAACGGGGCGCGCCCGCGCGGAUACAGUGUAGCCCUCGCCGGGAGCGCCUUAAAGGGGCCGCCGCAGCUGGACGGGCCGCCGCGGACUGAGCCAGAGGCGCCCCCAGCCAUGCGGGGCGGGGAAUGGAGCCGGCGGAGCUCGACGUGCUGGGGCUGCGGGAGCAGCUGUUCCACGAGCGGGUGCGGGAGUGCCUGAUCUGCACGCUGCUCUUCGCCAGCCUCUAUAUCCUGAGCCACUUCGUCAUAACCUGCUUCAAGAAACACGCGGAUUUUGCCACAGUUGAAGAUGAUGAGGAUGCUGCUGUCGACAGAAUUGCGCUGUCGAUGUGCACCUUCACGCUGGCCGUCUCGCUGGGCGCCGUGCUGCUGCUUCCCUUCUCCAUCCUCACCAACGAGGUGCUGCUGCUCUUCCCGCACAGCUACUACGUCCAGUGGCUGAACGGCUCGCUGAUCCACGGCCUCUGGAAUCUGGUCUUCCUCUUCUCCAACCUCUCCCUGGUCUUCCUCAUGCCCUUCGCCUAUUUCUUCACUGAGGCCGAGGGCUUCGCGGGAUCCAAGAAGGGCAUCCUGGCCCGAGUCUACGAGACCUUCGUGGUGCUGCUGCUGCUAACCCUGUUGGUGCUGGGGAUGGUCUGGGUGGCCUCUGCCAUCGUGGACGAGGACACGGGCAGCCGGGAAUCCCUCUACGACCUGUGGGAAUACUACCUCCCCUACCUCUACUCCUGUAUCUCGCUCUUUGGGGUGCUGCUGCUGCUGUUGUGCACGCCUGUCGGCCUCUCCCGCAUGUUCACCGUCACCGGGAAGCUGCUGGUCAAGCCCAGGCUGCUGGAGGAUCUGGAUGAGCAGCUGAACUGCACAAGGUUUGAGGAAGCUGCCCUCUCCCACAAGAUCUCUGCCAGUCCCACCUCCUGCUGGCUGAACCUGAGUGCGGCUGUGCUCCAGGAGCAGUUCCUGGCCAUCCAGAGCCGGAGACUGGCGCUGGAGCUGCGGCGCUGUGCCUCGCCCUGGCAGCGGAACUUGGGCUACCCUCUGGCCAUGCUGUGCCUCCUGGCGCUGACGGGCAUCUCUGUGCUCGUCGUCUGUUUUCACACGCUGGAGCUGCUGCUGGAUGAUGCUGCGAUGCCGCGGGGGAUUCAGGACGCACCCCUGGGGCAGGUCUCCUUCUCCAUCUUUGGGUCCUUCGGCGCCGCCCUGCAGGUGGUUCUCAUCUUCUAUCUGAUGGUCUCCUCUGUCGUGGGCUUCUACAGCUCCCCCCUGUUCAUGAGGCUGCUCCCCGUGAGGCAGGAUACCCCCAUGACCAAGAUCAUUGGGAACUGUGUGUCCCUGCUGGUCCUCAGCUCCGCGCUGCCCAUCUUCUCCAGGAUGCUGGGAAUCACGCGGUUUGACCUCCUGGGCGACUUUGGUAGGUUUAACUGGCUGGGCAAUUUCUACAUUGUUUUCCUCUACAACAUGCUCUUCGCUGCCCUCACCACACUAUGCCUGGUGAAGAAGUUUACGUGGGCCAUGCGGGCUGAGCUCAUCCGAGCCUUCGGUUUGCACAAGCUGCCCCUACCCGUGACGCGCACCCGCCAGCCCAGCAAGCUCUGCUAGGACGAGUCUGGCGCCAGCCAACCACUGGGAAAUGGGGGGCUGCUGCAGCCCCUCCAGGCCAUGGGGCGGGGGGGCAGCCCCCACCCCCACUCGAUGGAUUUAGUUGUCUCCUGCAUUCUAAGCCGAAGGACCAUGGACCCUGCAGAAGGGGCGGGGCUGGCUGACUCCGCCCUCAUCUGCUUCUGCCCAAUGGGCUGCUGGCGAGAAGGGGCCUGCAUCCUCCUGUGGUGCUGAUGCUGCACUGGGAUGGGGGGAAUCGAGGGGGGGCCCCCCACAUUCGAUCCCUGGUGGGGGGAGACAGGAGAAUUCUCUGCUGGGAUAGCUGCUGAGCCACCCCCCCCCCCAGUCCUCCCCACUCUGCUGCAGCCUCCUGGGGGGUGGCAGCUCCAGGCACCCUGCAGGAAGAUGUAGGGGAUUAUAAUGGGAUCUGAUGGGCAGCAGGGGCUGCUGUGGGGAGCGGGGCAGGGCCCUGGCUGGGGGGGGGCAGCUCCCAGCGAGUCCAGUUCCAGCCUCUCCCAGCAGGGGGAGCGGGGGUUUAGCAGGUGCAGAAGCUGCCUCACUAGAAUUGUUGCCCGGGGGCUCGGCGCGCCCCCCUCACCCCGUGCAGACCCCCCCCCGCAGCCACGGCUACAUACCUCACUCAAGCACACUAGGUGGCCACGGGCUGUGCGUUCGUCUGCUUCGCUGGCUGCGUUUUUUCUGUCUGGGCAUUUUUUAUUUAUUUAUUUUUUUUUUUUGAACAGCUGCUGCCCUGAUGUUUUAUGGGUGAAAUAUCUCCCCUCUCUCCCCCCCUGCUCCGAGACCCUCCCCUCGCCCAGUGAGCUCAGCCUCUCCCUGCUGUGUCUGUCUGCCCCCCUCAGCCCCAGGAUGCUGCUGUCUCUCUGACACUAAGUGACUUAGGACUGGCCUUCAACUGAGCGGGGCUCCCGGGUGGGGCAGGGAGCCAGGGAGGAGUGGGUGGGGGUGUGGGAGGCUCAUCAUUCAAACACCUGGGGCUUUCUCUUUCUCACCCGGGGUUGUAGGGGGAGGAGCUCUGGCUACAAACACCCCUUAUCCAGCAUGGGUCAGGCUGGUGCCUGAUUCUGCCUCUGUGAGGGGGGAGUUGGGUGGAAUGUAUCUGUGUGGGGGGGGGAGGCUGUAAAUGUCAAUACCCCCCCCCCCGGCAUUAGCAUUGGGGUCAGGGGACAGAGCUGAAAGGGGUGUGGGCCUGGAUCUCCAGUCCUUCCAGCUGUGUCCCCUGCCCCCGCUCCUGUUCCUGCUCUGGAGCAUGGGAGCCCAGGGCAAGCUUUGCUUUGUCUAAUGAGUGUGUCAGGUCUCUGCGCUGUCAGCUGAUAGCUGAUCUGCCUUGUCACUAUCAGCUGCUGUGUGGUUGUUUUUUUUAUUUAAAUAAUAAAAAGUGUCUUUUAAUA